UCUGGUUAUAUAUAUAUGAAAUGGCUGGCAUUUCAAUAUCCCACACAUAUAUACCACUGUGCUUGUUUUGUCACUAGUAGAUUUCUUUCUUCUAAUAAUACUUUUUCUCCAAUGGAGGAGGUUGGAAGUGUACUCCACUUUCUUCAGGACAAGACCAUUCUUCUUAUUGGAGCCACUGGCUUUAUUGCCAAAAUUUUUCUGGAGAAGGUAUUGAGAGUUCAACCAAAUGUUAAGAAGGUUUAUCUUCUUUUAAGAGCCUCAGAUGAAAAAUCAGCCAUUCGUCGCUUGGACAAUGAGAUAUUAGGGAAGGACUUGUUUAAUCUGCUUAAGGAAAAAUUGGGUGCAAAUUUUAAGUCCUUUAUUUCAGAAAAGUUAACUUUGGUGCCUGGGGACAUUUCUUAUGAAGACUUGGGUUUGAAGGAUUCCAUUCUAAGGGAAGAGAUUUGCAAACAAACAGAUGUUAUCAUUAAUUUGGCCGCAACUACUAACUUUGAUGAAAGGUAUGAUAUAGCGCUGGGUCUAAAUACCUUUGGAGCAAAGCAUGUCAUGAAUUUCUCCAAGCUAUGUAUUAAACUCAAAGUUCUUGUCCAUGUAUCCACAGCUUACGUGUGUGGUGAGAGAGGUGGGCUCAUACAAGAGACCCCAUAUCACUUUGGUGAUUCACUGAAUGGUGUGCCUGGAUUAGACAUCGAUGUAGAAAAGAAAAUAGUGUGUGACCAAUUGGAUGAGCUCAGAGAGCACGGAGCCACAGAGCAAGAAAUUAAAGUGGCCAUGAAGGACUUAGCUAUUAAAAGGGCAAAUGUGUAUGGAUGGCCUAACACAUACGUAUUUACAAAGGCAGUUGCAGAGAUGCUUGUGGAACAACUAAAAGGAGACUUGCCAGUGGUUAUUUUGCGUCCUACCAUCGUUACAAGUACAUUCAAAGAACCUUUCCCUGGUUGGUCUGAGGGUGUAAGAACCAUUGACAGUUUAGCUGUUAAUUAUGGAAAGGGAAAACUAACAUGCUUCCUUGGAGAUCUCAAUGGAGUUGUCGAUGUGAUACCAGCUGAUAUGGUGGUGAAUGCAAUGCUAGUGGCCAUGGUAGCUCAUGCAAAUCAACCAAGUGAUCAGGCCACAUAUCAUGUGGGUUCCUCUGUUAGAAAUCCAGUUACAUACCAUAAUCUCCAAGACUAUGGAUUAAGAUAUUUCACAGCAAAACCAUGGAUCAACAAGGAUGGAUCGAGCGUAAAGGUUGGCAGAGUAAAUGUAUUAACAGACAUGGCUAGCUUCCGGAGAUACAUGUUCAUUCGCUACCUGCUUCCAUUAAAGGGACUUAAGCUGGCCAACACAACAUUUUGCCAGUACUUUAAGGGGACAUAUCUAGAGCUCAACAGGAAGAUCCAGGUUGUGAUGCGACUUGUGGAACUUUACAGGCCUUACUUGUUCUUCAGUGGCGUAUUUGAUGAUAUGAACACAGAGAAGUUGCGGAUUGCAGCAAGACAAGGUGAGACAGAGAAAGACUUGUUUUACUUCGACCCCAAAGAUAUUGAUUGGGAUGAUUACUUCAUGAACACUCAUAUCCCUGGUAUCGUCAAGUACAUUUUCAAGUGAUGUGAUGCUAUCUACAGUCUACAUUCCAAGUGAUUUGCAACAUUGGUAAUUUAAUUCAGUUCAAAUAUGUGGUGGAGGGAGUACAUUACAGUGGUGGUGUUAUUUAUUGAUCAAGGGCUGUGUACUAAUAAUUGGUAUUAGCUUGCUAGCUACCAUUUAAAGUUUGAAAUGUUUAGUAGUGUAUCAAAUAGUAUCAUAUGAUAUUGCCUUUUCUUUCAAUUUAUGUUUCUUUCAGCAUGAUUUGUAAGAUCUCAUCAUGUGUUACGGUUC